GUGUGGGCGAUGGCCGCUGGGCAGGCAGGUACUCAGGAAUCUGGGAUCACCGCGAGACCCGGCGCCCCGGCGGUACCCGAGGACACCUUAGACGCGAAAGCGGCGGAGCUGCUGCCCUUCCUGUCGCAGGGUGCACGCGCGGACCUGCAGGCGGCGGCGGCACAGCAUGUGUUGGCUCUCACAGGCUCGGGCCCGGGCCGCGCGCUCUUGGCUAGGCAGGAGGGGUUGCUGCUGGCGCUCGCCGAGUUGGCGGCGGCUGCAGCCCCGACACUGGCUCGCGACGCCGCGCGUGCGUUAGUGAACUUGGCUGCCGACCCCAGCCUGCAUGAGCGGCUGCUGGCGGCUGACCCCGGGUUACCCGCCCGGCUGCUGGGCCGCGCGCUAGACCCUCAGUGGCCCUGGGCAGACGAGGCAGCAGCGGUUCUGGCCAACCUCAGCCGCGAACCGGCGCCCUGUGCCGCGCUCAUGGAAACACUGACGGCGGCACCGGGGUCAGGUCUGGAAAGGCUGGUGUGCGCUCUGUGCACGCCCGGCUACAACGCGUGCGCGCCCCUCCAUUACCUGGGGCCUCUACUGUCUAACCUCAGUCAGCAACCUGCGGCACGAGCCUUCUUGAUGGACCCUGACAGGUGCGUGGUCCAGCGGCUGCUGCCCCUUACCCAAUACUCAGAUUCCUCGUUGCGCAGGGGCGGGGUGGUGGGGACCCUGCGGAAUUGCUGCUUCGAGCACCGACAUCAUGAGUGGUUGCUGGGGCCUGACGUUGACAUUCUCCCCUUCUUGUUACUGCCUCUCGCCGGGCCUGAGGAUUUUUCAGAGGAAGAGAUGGAUCGGCUUCCUGUUGACCUACAGUACUUGCCACCAGACAAGCAGCGAGAGCCUGAUGCUGACAUCCGAAAGAUGCUCAUUGAAGCCAUCAUGCUACUGACAGCCACGGCACCUGGUCGGCAGCAGGUGCGGGACCAGGGAGCCUACCUGAUCCUUAGAGAACUGCACACCUGGGAGCCAGAGCCUGAUGUGCAGAUGGCCUGUGAGAAACUCAUCCAGGUGCUUAUUGGGGAUGAACCGGAGCCUGGCAUGGAAAACCUGCUGGAGGUGCAGGUGCCUGAAGAUGUGGAGCAGCAGCUACAGCAGUUAGAUCGCCAGGAGCAGGAGCAGUUGGAACAGCAGCAGCAAGAGCUGGCUGAAGAAGAGUCAAGGGGGGCGGAGCCUGCACCUACCUGAGGUCCCUGCUUCCAUGAUGCUAGUGCCAGUGCCUUCUCUGCCAGGCUUCCCACACUAAGCCUGUUUCCUGCCACUCAGAGGUUAUUCCUUGCUAAAGAGCAGAGGUACACUUACGCUCCAGUCUGUGCUAAGAGUUACAGGAUGAAUGCCCAGUAAACAUUGGAAGUUUGAGGGUA